UGCAAUUUUCAAUCCAUCCUCGAAACUCGCGACGUGUAGAGUUGCAGCAGACAGUCGAUUUUCCCGUGGCUAUUCCGGUCGAAAGUUUGCAUAAAGUGACAAUAUUAUGCGCUAAAACCCGCCGGCGGAAGUGUUAGCACAGUGACCAAGGCAGCCCGGUUCCCGGAAGGACGUUUGCGGUUGUAAUUUUCAUUCAGGUUUCGUCAAAGCACAAAACAGAACGAUGGUAGAGGAAGCAGCAGCGCUCAAGGAGGAGUCCAAGAAGGCAGCGAAAAAGGCCGCAGCCGCCGCCGCGAAAGCAGCCAAGAAAGCGGAACAUAAAGCGGCCGCCGCUGCCGAAAAGGGCCAGACGGAGAAUGUCUCGGCGGAGGGUGGUGAGGACGCCGGCAAGGACUAUUCCGAGGGUUUGUACGGUGCGACCAAGAUGAUCCAGAGUACCUGCCGGCAUGCGGACCGUGCCUUUGUGGCCGUGCACGACCUGUCCGGAUGCGAGAAGGACGCGCUGGUGUGGGUUCGUGGCCGCGUCCACACGACCCGUAGCAAGGGCAAGCAGUGUUUUUUGGUGUUGCGCCAGCAGAGCAGUACCGUGCAGUGUGUGGUGGCCGUCAACGACAAGGCCGUGUCUAAGCAGAUGGUCAAGUUUUCGGGGAGUGUGCCGCGUGAGAGCAUCGUCGACGUGCGCGCUCGAGUUGUGCCGGUGGCGGCGAAGAUUGAAGCUUGCACGGAGCAGACGCUGGAACUGCACGCGACCGAGUUCUACCUGGUUUCGGCGGCCAAGGCCCAGCUGCCGCUGCAGAUUGAGGACGCUGCGCGGCCGGAAAAGUCCGACGAUCCGGAAGCGCUCAAGAUUCGCGUCAACCAGGACACUCGGCUGGACAACCGCGUGCUGGAUCUGAGAACGCCCGCCAACCAGGCCAUCUUCCGGCUGGAGGCGGGCGUGUGCAAGCUGUUCCGUGACAUUCUGGCCGCGCAAGGCUUCACCGAGAUCCACACGCCGAAGAUCAUCUCGGCGGCGAGCGAGGGCGGUGCGAACGUGUUCACCGUGAGCUACUUUAAAGAUUCCGCGUACUUGGCUCAGUCGCCACAGCUGUACAAGCAGAUGGCGAUCGCGGCCGACUUUGACAAGGUGUUCACCGUGGGUGCCGUCUUCCGAGCGGAGGACUCCAACACCCACCGGCAUCUGACGGAGUUUGUGGGGCUGGAUCUGGAGAUGGCCUUCAAGUAUCACUACCACGAGGUGCUGGACACGAUCGGCAAUACGUUUACGGAGAUCUUCAAGGGACUACGCGACAACUACGCCCGCGAAAUCGCCGCCGUCGGUCAGCAGUACAACGUGGAACCGUUUAAAUUCCUCGAACCCCCGCUCAAGCUGGAGUUUGCCCAGGCCGUCGCGAUGCUGCGCGAGGCCGGCGUCACCAUGGACGACGAGGAGGAUCUGUCGACGCCCAGCGAGAAGCUGCUCGGCCGGCUGGUGAAGGCCAAGUACGACACCGACUUCUACAUCCUGGACAAGUUCCCGCUGGCGGUGCGACCCUUCUACACCAUGCCGGACCCGUCCAACCCCAAGUACUCCAACUCGUACGACAUGUUUAUGCGCGGCGAAGAAAUUCUGUCCGGCGCGCAACGUAUCCACGAUCCGGAGUACCUGGUCGAGCGGGCAAAGCAUCACGCAAUCGACACCUCCAAGAUCGCCGCCUACAUCGAGGCGUUCCGGUUCGGGUGUCCACCGCACGCCGGCGGCGGCAUCGGCAUGGAGCGCGUCGUGAUGCUGUACCUGGGCCUGGACAACAUCCGGAAAACGUCCAUGUUCCCGCGCGACCCGAAACGACUCACACCCUAAGGGACUGCGGCUCAAUUUUGUUUUUCUUUUGUUUCAACAUGCUCAUUCCCCAAAUUUCUCGACCGUUGUGUUUUUUUCUGUUUUCUUUCUCGUACUAGGCAAAAUUUGUGAACCAGUGUAAACGAACAAAAAAAACGAGGGAAUCGAAAAUCCACCACUUUCAAAAAAGACUUAAUUUAAUCCCAACAAUUGGAAGAAAAAAAGCGCAUAAGAAAUAUCAAAAUUUGUCAAACAGAUCACACGAGAAGACUUGAAGUUUUUUUUUGUUUCGUUUAAUUUUCCUUUUCAAGCGAUCAAGUCCAAGACUUGAACAAAAAAAGGUCGAACCUGGAGUUCGCGCGAAAAGCAUGGUAAAACUGCGUGUGUGUGGUGAACGCGUGCGUAAUUGCUAGAGUGAGCACAGCCCGAGAGAUAUGUGACUUAAACAAAAAUGCAAAUAAAACUGAGAAAAUUCGACUUUGAAAACGUG